AUGUCAGAGCCAACAUUCCAUCGUGAUAAACACAUCAAAUUCGUUCAAGGACUUGACUCCAAAGUCACGAAGCAAACAUAUGAGUAUUGGCUACUGGAACAUCUUCGGCUCAAUGGCUUGUACUGGGGAAUCAUGGCGUUAGCCACCAUGAACGCGUUAGAUGCAUUGCCUAAAGAUGAAGUUAUCCAGUUUGUUAUGGAUUGCUUCGACUCAGAAGAAGGCGGAUUCUCUGCAUUUCCAGGGCAUGACGCUCAUAUGCUUACAACACUCUCUGGUCUUCAGAUAUUGUUCAUCUAUGAUCGUUUUGACUUGAUCGAAGGUGAGAAGAAGGAAAAGAUUCUAGGAUUCGUGAUGCGCCAACAAUGCAAAGGUGGCUCAUUCAGAGGCGACAGCUUUGGCGAAAUUGACACUAGAUUUGUUUUCGCUGCUGUUUUUAUUCUCAAGAUGCUAGGUGAGCUCACAAAAGAGAUCGCUGACGAUGCGACGCAGUUCAUCCUACGUUGCAGAAACUUUGAUGGCGGGUUUGGCCUUCUACCGGGAUCUGAAUCCCAUGCUGCCCAGGCUUACACUUGUCUCGGUACAUUGUCAAUCUGUUCUCUGUUAGACAAGGUGGACAACAGGACGCCCAGCUGGCUCAGCGAGCGGCAAGUUCUCCCAUCUGGAGGGUUCAAUGGAAGGCCUGAAAAGCUUCCAGACGUCUGCUACAGUUGGUGGGUUCUUCUGUGUCUCUCAAUUCUCAAGAAAGCCCAUUGGAUUAGCUUCGAACAUCUCGAGAAGUUCAUUUUAGAAUGCCAGGAUCUUGAAAACGGUGGGUUCAGCGAUAGGCCGGACAACCAGACUGACGUCUACCACACUUGCUUCGCCGUGACUGGCUUGAGCUUGAUGUUCAGUGACAAAUACGGCAUGAAACCGGUUGACCCAGUCUACUGCAUGCCUUUGGAAGCCACCAGUAGGCUUCCAAAGUAG